GGGCGUCGCCGUGACGUUCGGGCGUCGCCGUGACGUUCGGGCGACGGGGCCGAGUGGCUGGGCUACCUCCGUCGCCUGUGCAGGUGUGGUGCUGUCAUGGACCUGGGACCGAUGCGCAAGAAUUACCGCGGGGACCGAGAGGCAUUUGAGGAGGUUCACCUGACCUCCCUGGACCCCAUGAAGCAGUUUGCUGCCUGGUUCCAGGAGGCCGUUCAGUGCCCUGACAUAGGAGAAGCCAAUGCCAUGUGUCUGGCCACCUGCACCAGGGAUGGAAAGCCCUCUGCCCGCAUGCUGCUGCUGAAGGGUUUUGGCAAGGAUGGCUUCCACUUCUUCACCAACUAUGAGAGUCGAAAAGGAAAAGAGCUGGACUCUAAUCCCUUUGCUUCCCUUGUCUUCUACUGGGAGCCUCUUAACCGUCAGGUGCGAGUGGAGGGACCUGUGAAAAAGCUGCCCGAGGAGGAGGCCGAGCGCUACUUCCACUCCCGCCCCAAGAGCAGCCAGAUUGGGGCUGUGGUCAGCCACCAGAGCUCUGUGAUCCCCGAUAGGGAGUAUCUGAGAAAGAAGAAUGAGGAACUAGAGCGGCUCUACCAGGAACAAGAGGUGCCUAAGCCAAAGUACUGGGGUGGCUACGUCCUGUGCCCGCAGGUGAUGGAGUUCUGGCAAGGCCAAACCAACCGCCUGCACGACAGGAUUGUCUUCCGGCGACUACCGGCAGGAGAUUGCCCUUUGGGAUCCAUGACCCACCGUGGGGAGGAGGAUUGGCUGUAUGAGAGACUUGCACCUUAACUCCGGAGUCUGCCUGCACGGCUGGAACUGGGGCAAGGUGCUACAAGACAGUGUGGGAUGGGGAGCCAGCCACCUCUAAAGUCAACCCAUUUCCCUCCCCACCUUUGUAUUAGGGCUCUCCAGAGUUUGUCCUCCCAGUUCUCUCAAUUACCUGGCCAGUAGAGUGUAACAGUGGCAUAGAAAAUCACAAAUGGGCAAUAAUCCCAUAAUUAGUUUUCUUCACCUUGAUGAGGAUUUAUUCUAAUAGCUCCCUCUUGGGGUAACAGGUGGUAUGAUUCGCUUCUCUGGUAACACCUGGUGGGCCCCCAGCAGCCCUGCCUGUUACCAUGUGAUGGGUCAUACUAGCCAGAGCUGAUUGGUUCCAGUGUAGGCACCUGAGCCAAUCUCACCAGUCAGAUUUUCUUGUCAACAAUUUGAAAUUUGGAAUGGAGAGGCCCAGAGGACAGGAGUCUUCAUAGUCAAUCCAUUGACGGCAGCCAAGAAGCAACAGGUCUCUGGUUGUAGCUGUUGGGAUUCCCCCAAGAUGCCCUAGCCCCCUGCUUCCCAGGUCUGGGCUGUACAGUUUCUCCUUCUGCCUCACAGCGCCACACUAUCCCUCAUAUUCGGUUUUUGGCUUAAGAAAGCUGGAAUUGAUUUCUGUUGCUUGCAGCUAAAAGCCUUAACUAAUACAUUGACUGAUAGGAUAUUUUAGUGGCAUGUGCCCUAUGAUUACUGCCUUCCAUUAUUUGAAGCACAGAUUAAUUUUUUAAUCCAGAGGCUCCAUGAAUGGGAGUUGCAGGGAAGCUGGUUUCAUCUCAAUAUGGGGGCAGAUUUUAAACAAUCAGAGUGCCCAAGAGGGAGUGGGCUGCUUGUUAGGUGAUAAGUUUCUUGUAACUAGGAGUAUGCAAUCCCAGUUAGCAAUUGGUAGCAGGGAUUCAUGUGCUGGGUGCUCUGCAGGCUGAGAAGAUUUUAAUCAAUCUUCAUUUUUCCUGUUUGUUUAUAAAAUCUGUAUAUAUGUGGGUUUGUUUUUUUUUUUUGACACAUACAUACAUCAUUUUCCUGUUGUUAGAUGCUGUCGAGUCAAUUCCGACUUGCAGUGACCCCAUGUGGCAGAGUAGAACUGCCUCAUAGGGUCUUCUAGGCUGUAAUCUUUAUGGAAGCAGAUUGCCAGGUCUUUCUCCUGUGGAGCAGCUGGUGGGCUCAAACCCCUGACUUUUCGGUUAGCAGCUGAGUGCUUAACCGUUGCGCCACCAGGGCUCCUUUUCCUAGCAUAAAAUUAAAUUAUUGUAGAAAUUAUGCCUUUCAGACUACUCACAACCCCCCUUCCCCCACUCCCCACUUCUACCCAUGCUGACCACCUAGACCUGUGGUUUUCAACCACAAUGGACUCACCUGGGGAGCCUUAAAAGUCCUGCUGCCUGGUUCCCCCCUUCAGAGAUGUUUUAACUAGCCUGGUCUACCGCAUGGGUGCAUUCCAGACUAGAAUCCCCAAGGAGUUCUUGUGGAGCCAAGAUUGAGACCCGUGGUCUAGAUCCUUGCUAGUCACAGUGUGGGCCAUGGGCCAACAGCACCAGCAUUCCCCAGAACCAGUUAGAGGUGUAGACCCUCGGGCUCACCCCAGACUCCCUGAACUCUGUUCUCCAUUUCCACAAGGCCCCCAGGUGACCGUCUGCACUGGCCUCAGCCUCUAGACAACAACCUCCCCCAUCACAGCCUGUGAGUCUUUAAUAACCUGGGCUGAGGCCUCUGCUGAAAUGUAUUUGCUUUCCUUGAGCACACACCUGGUGACCAGGGACAGCCUGGAGGAGAGGUGUGCUGCUGUGGAGAGGAGCCAGGCUGGCAAAUGUUUGCUGUGACUAAGCCGGGAUCAGAGAACUGACUAGUAUUUGCACUUUUUGGCAGUGAACUUGCUACUCUGUCAACUGUACUUCAUUUGACUGUAAUGGGCGUGGGGUUUAGCAUCUCUUACUGACUGGGUUCCUCCAAGGGCAGCCUCUCCUGUGUUGAUCCCCCCUAAACCUGAGUGCAGGGAGGCACAACAUUAACCUCGUGGCCACCUUCAGGAGAGGGUGCCAGGAUGCCCUUCACUGCCUUGUCCUUUGUGUCCUUGUGCCAUAAGUUUUAGGAGUCCAUGUAUGCGUGUGUGUGCGGCGCGCACACGCUUGGAGACGUUCAGCACCCUACCUGUGUUCUUGGGGGCUGUGUAUCCCCCCCAGCUUUGAUCCUGGUCUCAGCUGCACCUUUCAGAUUUUCCAGCAAAUAGUCAAUCCCGAAUAUGUAAUAAAAGCCUGUCAACUGUGCGUGAUUUUAA